CGUCCAUUUACGGAAACAGCGAAAAAAACAAAAAACAGACAAUGUGAUGUGAGAGUUGCCUUUUCUAGGGGCUUUCUUGUGGUGUUGUUCAUACGAAGUGGAUAUUUACGCCCUCUGCUGUAGUUCUACUGCAGAGAAUUAGUUCCGACCAUUGAUAAUGGGGUCUCUGACCAGCAGACCGAGUGCUGGUGUUGAGGAGGUGGAUAUAGCUUCUAAUCAUGCCUACAAAUACCCACCAAGAUCCGGCAAUUAUUUUGGCAGUCAUUUUAUCAUGGGAGGAGAACGAUUUGAUACACCGCAGCCAGAAGCUUACCUGUUUGGCGAAAAUGCAGAUUUAAAUUUUCUUGGGAACCGUCCGACUGCUUUUCCCUACCCUCCUCCCCAGGGCAAUGAACCCACUAAGACUCUGAAGAGCCUCGUGAAUAUUCGCAAAGAAUCUCUUCGCUUCGUGCGUUGUCAAGAGGCUGUCAGCAAAAGUGCUGAAGUGGGUGAAAAUGAACCAAUCCCUAAGUGCACCCAGUUUAAUAUCGAAUUUACUUUUGACUGUGAUGCAAGAUGUGGGAUCACUAUCUAUUAUUUCUGUACUGAGGAAAUAACUGCUGAUGGAGUGAUUUACACCCCUAAAGACCUAUCAAUGAAUUCUGAAACUUACCACUACAAGAGAGGUGCCAAUCAACAGUUUUCACAGGUUUCGCAUGUGUUUGACCCAAGCCGGUAUAACGAUGAUGAAUUGGUUUAUAAUUUAGAAAAGGAAACAAUACCAAUAGCCAUUCAUUGCGUUGUUGAGGAAGGAAUUGAAGAACCUAAGCAAUCUCAUACCACAAUUGCAGUGAUUGAUAGACAUUCAGAUGGUACAUAUGUUUUGAAAGCACUAAAACAGAAACUUUUUGUUGAUGGACUGUGCUACCUUCUGCAAGAAGUGUAUGGUAUUGAAAAUAAAAAUAAUGACAACAAUAAGGCAACUGCUGAUGAUGAUACUGAGGACAAUGGAUCUGAAUGUGUGAUAUGCAUGUGUGAUGUCAGAGAUACCUUGAUUCUUCCUUGUCGGCAUCUGUGUCUUUGCAAUUCCUGUGCUGACUCGCUCCGCUACCAAGCAAAUAAUUGUCCCAUAUGUCGUGCUCCCUUCCGAGCAUUACUACAAAUUAAAGCCCUGCAGAAGUCUACAGCAAAUGGUAUAUUGCAGCCAGUCCCUGCUGAGGGAAACCUUGACAACAUUCCACCUGGUUAUGAAGCAGUAUCAUUAAUAGAGGCCUUGAAUGGUCCUUACACAGUCAGAUCAAUUCCUCCCGUAACCUCUCAAGAUCUGUCUCUGCCGGACCUUCCAGAUGUGGAUGGUGCCGCCCAGGCAGCUGAAAUUCUCAAUAGGACAAACUUGGAAAACACCCCCAAGUCUCUUAAACAGCACAGUUCCUUAGAAGAUGAUGGAGCCAAGGGAACAACUCGGCAAAGUUCAGAUUCUAGAUCCUGUCCAACUCCUGAGUUCCGCAUGUCAGUACUUCUGGCCCGUGAGAUGGAUAGUAUCAAGGAGCAAAGCAAGUCACCCAGGUCGGGCCGACACAGUUCACGUGCUGGAUCCCGAGACAAGAGUGCACUUCGGCCUCGAGAUACAAUUCGACACAUAAACGAGAAAGCUGCAGCCGCUGCAGCAGUGGCAGCAAUGGACACAGAUGAGUGUCAAGACGAGGACAGCGAAGCAGAAAAGCUCUCCCCUUUAUUAGAUGCAGCCACCAGUACUGACCCCUCACCACAGGAUUCUCCUGCUGUGUGUGUCUCUGCCACUGUUGAUAUUGAGGAAGUGGAGGAUUGUUCGGAUGAUCUUGAUAUCAAAGUUGACGGCUAUGCUGCUGCAUUUGCAGCACCUACUCCUAUAACUGCCUCUCAAUGUCGAAACAAUGUGAUCAGAAAUGGACCUGCCUCUGAGGGUGACUGUGGAGGUCUGGUAGUUACUGGGGAUGACUCUGAUUAUUAUACUCCGGAGGAUCCAGCCACCACUAUUCUCAGUCCCUUACAUAGUGAGAAGGAACGAGCUUUGUCGGCCGUUUCAUGCAACACUGUCCCGUCAUCUGUGGAGAGCACCCCUGGAAGAUGGAUCGGAUCCCGAGAAGGACACCUGGCUGGCAUAGGUUCCCUCCCUGGGACACCGCUCUCAUCAGCGUCUCACUUCAGCAACCGUAGCAGCAAUGACAGCUACAGCAGCAGCAGCAGUACACGUCAGCUACUGGCCAGCAAUGGUGGGGAUGCAGUGCCCCCGUCGCAAGAAAAGACGGUGCCCCUUUGAGAAAUGUGGACUGUCCUGCCAGGACAGGACAGAGCUCUGCGCUCUGUCUUGUCCCGGCGGGGCAGGACUUCUGGGUCUGCUUUGCCGGGUCAGGACAAAGCAGUUCAACUUUGAAGACCCUAGUUGUCAUCGACCCAGAGUUAUUUCUGAUUCGCAUUUAGGAGUGUGUGAAGGCUCUCUAUUGCAUUUAAAUAUCUUAUGAACUUUACAAAUGUGAUAAGUUAAAACUGAGGGAAAUUCUUCUGUAUGUUGCCCUUUUAUUAUAUUAUUUUAUAAUUAUUAUCUCUACAAUUAGUAUUAUUUUAAGUAUUAAUAUUAUGGAGCUGUCAUUUUGUAGCUGUGACUUAGCUAUGCUUAAAAAACAUUUCAUCACACAGGUGGUGGUUGUUCUAUUCUUACAGCCAUUAUUUUUAAAUGGUAUACCGGUAUUAUUAAUUUCUUUUAUACAUGUAUCUUAGGGAGAAGGAGUUUCAAAACAAUUUAUUUUCCUUCAUUCUUUUGGUUAUGCAUUACACCUGUCCUUCCCUCUUUGUACUUUAUUUAGCAAUUUCAUUUAUAGCUUAUUUUCAAGAUUUUCUAAGGGGCCACUCUGAAAGUGACCACUCUUUCUAGUCAAUUUUAAAAUCAUGUUGAGAGCGCCUUCUCAGUUUUUUUAAGUAAUCUUCUCUGCCUCAAUGUUCUAUUUUAGCCCUGAUCACCGUCUGUACUUGUAUUUGGUAUACCUACCACUAAUAGUGUUUUUUUUUCUUCUUUUUUUGUUGUUGGAGGAAAUGGAACUCUUAAAGGGAAAGGAAAGGAUCAUUUUUUCCAUAUUCCUAUCGUUUUCACAAUAUUUUCGAGUCUUCCUCAUUUGUGUUGGCUUUAAAUAUUAGCAAUACUUUUUUAUGCUGAUACCUUUUUUUUGUAACUGUCGGUAGAAUUUGUGCUCAAGCUAAAAUGUGUAAAUCGAUCGGUGGUGGAAUAGAAGGCCAACUGAUCACUCAAGAUGCAUACAAGUGGGAAUUUUAAGGUGAAGGGAAAUGUGAUAUGUGAAGUGGCAAGAAAAGUUGAGGGUGUGACAAUCCUAUCUCCUUGUUUUGCUUCAGUAAUAUUCAAGCUUUCUAGGAAAAUAAUUGUGUCCCAUACAUAUUCAAUACCAUUUUAGUUACUCUCUGUAUCAGUAUUACGCGUUAAAAUUUAACAAAAGCAUCUUGAUUCCCUUGUUUUAUUGACAUGUAUUACAAUCGAGCCUUUGAGCAAAAGGUUACAAGCCCUCUUUGUAGCCAAGGAAAAGCAGACUGAAUAUGACUUUUUGUGUAAAUUAGUGUAUGUUUGUUUUUAUUGCAAUUAAAUGAAAUUUAAUUUUGUUGACAAA